AUGCUAGCAGCAGAAGAUAUAAUAAAAUGCAGCAAAAUAUAUGAAAGAGCAGCAAGAGUAACAGGCCAAGAAUAUCUGUUGCUGCAGUCGCUGCUGCUAGACCUCUCCGCGCUGCUGCAGCUGCAGCAGCAGCAGCUGCAGCAGCUCAAUACACAGAUGCUGGCGUUUGCUCAGGAAGAUUAUAAUAUCUCUAAGCAGCAGCAGCAGCAGCAGCAGCAGCAGCAGCAGCAGCAUGGGAUUAUGCAGCAGCAGCAGCAGCAGCAGCAGCAGCAGCAGCAACACUUAUUGCUGCAGCAGCAGCAGCAGCAGCAACAGCAAAUUAAGUAUUAA